GUCAGCUCUGACAGCAACUGCGAGUCGCGAGCAUCCUAGAAGCGUCGUCGUACAAGAGUGACUUCUCGACGUCAACGUCUUGACAGCCCCGCACGGACUAAAGCAGACCAAGCAGACGCCCCUGCCUUGCCGAUCGACAGAUCACUGUGAGAUCUACCAUUCAACACACAAAAGAAGCCAUGAAGUUCGCCAUCGCAGUCGCUCUCAUUGUUGCCGCGGCCGUCACCGCCAGGCCCAGGACCAAGCGGGCGGCCUACGAGCUUCCGGACGGCGCCGAGCUGGUGGUGGGCAACAUAAAGACGACCUUCGAAUGUCCGGCCAAAAACGGCUACUUCGCCGACGUCGACAACGAGUGCCUCAUCUUCCACGUCUGCAACGUUGUCACGCACGCCGACGGCCACACAGAAGUCCAGCAGUUCAGCUUCUUCUGCGGAAACCAGACCAUGUUCAACCAGCUGAGUCUGACGUGUGCCUUCCCGGAGGACGCUGUGCCCUGUCCGAACGCGCCCGACUUCUUCUACGUCAACGACAACAUCGGCAUUCCGGACGCUCCUUUCCUGACGGACGCGGACGUCGAGAAGGCAUCUGCGCUCAUCGCUGGCGCCAGGAAGAGCAAGGCCUAAGCACGUCCAGGACGUUGCUGGAUUAGCGUGAAUUGGAAGAGCCAGGUCUCCCAUUGAUGCCCAUUUCUCACCGCCACACUACCGAGAGCGCAUUGCCCCGGUUGCCCGCUUGGAACGAACUGGCUGGCAUGUUGUGGUGACGUCUGCUGAGCCCAGUUGCGCGACAUCCGGUUGGGAACUGUGGCUUCACGCACGGCGGUCAUUAGUUCGGCAUUAGGCCAUUCGCGUAACAUAUCCUUUGAUGCCAGAUUGCGUCAUUGUAUAUCAAAGACGUGCUUUUACUCUGCCGUUCGUGUAAAUCAAAGGCAUUUUUGCCGUCGUACCGGUACUCGCAUACAAGUGAAAAUGAGAUAACAAAUGAAAAGCAUUUAAACUAUAUACGCGCGAGUAUUCGGCGACUAACCUGCACCAUUUCACUAUGAAAGGUCCGUCAGUUACGCUUUAAUGAAAUUCGCUGUGGAAAUGGAGCUAGCAAGGACUUAUCUGCUUUAUACUGCCCACAGAUGUCGGCCUACAGCUUUUAUGCUUGGUGCUGCGUUUUUUAAUUAAUCAAAAACCCGUUUGAAGUAAUCACCUAAAUGCUGCCUUUAUCGCCUCUUAGUCAGGAUAUAUCACCAAGUUCCGCAGAACAAGUUCUGCAUUCAAAGACGUCAUUUGUAAUGAACUAGAACUGUAAGAACGCAACCGCGAGCUAUACUGGCACAUCUGCGGCAUGUGCGUUAACUGAAGUUUUCUCCGGUAGUUACGCAAGGUUUGUGCGUAUUAGUGCGAACAUGAGGGAUCUGGCCCGUAUUCACGAAGCACUUCUUACGCAAUAGAGCGGCUCAUUGGAAGUGGGGCAACAACAGACAUGUUGAAGUCGGCGGAAGUCAACAGCUCGUAGGCAGACCUUGCGAAAGGAGAACUUAGUGAAUCUGGCGCUUGUCUCUUGUCCUGUUUAUUGCCAUUUUGUUGUUGUCUUCUGUUGUUGCUAUUGUUUGCUUUAUUAUUUGUUAAAAGUGUUCAAUAACAAUAGCAAAAAAAAAAAAACGUUCGCUAACUAAAGCUGCCAAAUGCUUGUGAUUCCAUCACAAUGUUACAAUCAUUUUUUGCACAUUAUGUUUAGCUGUCAAGCAAUACAUUACAUCGUGAGUACUAUUUUGGCAUUGUUAGACGUCGCAGUCAUGCAGAAUGUUGAAAUGCUUCCAUUCUGUUCGCUUAUUGUGCUAGACAUAACGAGGAAGUGUACAUGUUCGAUCUCGUUGGCUGCUCAAUAUGAAAACGUAAGUUGUCACUCGAUCAAGUGUCAAUCAUCAAUAAAUCAUGAUGGUGCAAAA